AUGGCCCGCAGGACGCGGCGGGCGGCGCGGCUGGGGCUGCCCUGCUUGGGGCUGCCCUGCUUGGGGUUACCGUGGUUGGGGCUCGCGUUGCUGCCCUGGGCCGUGCCCCCCGCCGCCGCCCCCCCAGGGGGCUGCCCGUCCGCCUGCUACUGCGUGGCCACCCCGGAAUUGGUGCAGUGCCGCUACGAGAGCUUGGACGAACCCCCCCGGGAGCUGCCCACCUCGGUGCACAACCUGAGCAUCUCCGGCAGCAACCUGAGCGUGCUGCACCGCGCCGCCUUCGCCCCCCGCACGCUGCCCGACCUCCGCCUGCUCCGCUUGCGCCACGACAACAUCCAAACCAUCGAGGACAUGGCCCUGCAGGGGCUGCCGGCCCUGCGGACCCUCGACCUCAGCCACAACCCUUUGCGUUCGGUGGCGGCCGGCGCCUUCUCCGGCGUCCCUCUGCUGCGCACGCUGCAGCUGAACCAGGCGCUGCUGGCCGCCCCGCUGGAAGAGCAGCUCGCCCUCGCCCUGCGCAACCUCAGCCUGCGCCGCCUGGAGCUGGCGGGCAACGGGCUGCGGGCACUGCCGGUCUCCCUGCUGCCCGUCGGCCUGGAGGAGUUGGAUCUCCGCAACAACUCUCUGCAGCGUUUGACAUCCACCGAGCUGCUCAGCCUGGAGGCUCUGGGGCUGCGGGGGCUGCGGGUGUCGCUGGGGUCCAACCCGCUGCAGUGCGACUGCGCCCUGCGCCCGCUGCUCACCUGGCUGCGCUCAUCCGCCGCCCGCGUGCCCGAUGCGAGGAGCCUGCAGUGCUCCAAACCGCCGUCGUUGCGCGGGACGGCGGUGCUGAGGUUGCGGCCCGAAGGGUUGGGUUGCUCGGCCGAUGAGGGAGGUGAGGCCGGACAGCUGGAGACGGCUUCUUACGUCUUCUUCGGCAUCGUUCUGGCCCUCAUCGGCAUCGUCUUCCUCAUGGUGCUCUACCUGAACCGCCGCGGCAUCAAGCGUUGGUUGCACAACCUGCGGGAAGCUUGCCGUGAUCAGAUGGAGGGCUACCACUACCGCUACGAGCAGGAUGCAGACCCACGCCGUGCCAGCGCCGUCGGCACCCCCGGGCUCUGA